UGUUGACACUUGCAUAUUUAAAUUAAUAAAAAUGGCGCCGAUCUACAAAUUGAAGUUCUUCGACUAUAUGGGGGUGGCCGAGCCCAUUAGAUACCUGUUCGCUUAUGGUGGAAUCAAAUAUGAAAAUAUCAUCAUCAAGAAGAAUGUAGACUGGCCAAGAAUUCAAAACACUGUACCAUUCGGCAAGCUGCCUGUUCUCGAAGUGGACAAUAAAGUACUGCAUCAGUCCACGGCCAUCUGCCGCUACUUGGGCAAACUGGUGGGACUGCUGCCUUCCGACGACCUGGUGGCUGCUGAGCUGGACGCCCUUGUAGCCAGCACCUUUGAUUUUGGCGCAAGGGUCCACCAGUGGUACCAUGAGGAGGAUGUCUCGUGCAAGCACCAAGAUGAAAAGGAAUUGGAAACUGUGGUGUUCCCGAGAUACCUGAAUGAAUUCGAGGAUAUCAUCCAUCAAAAAGGAGGAUACCUGGGUGGAAAGCAACUAACCUGGGCCGACUUCUAUUUCGUGGGUAUCCUGGAGUCCGUGCAAGGAAUGUGGAGCAAGGACUUCCUGCAGCAGUACCCCUACAUCACGCAACUUUUCAAGAACGUCCACGCCCUGCCCACCAUCAAGAGCUACAUCGCUACUCGCCCUAACUACAAAUAUUGAUUACUGAAUAAAUUGCUUUAAUUUUA